AUGUUGAUCAAGUAUAACACGCCGAUACAGAUUUCCGUCCAAGGCGGAAAAUCUGGAAAACAAACGUCGCAAACUGAAGACAUUCUGAACUCGAUUUUGCCACCACGAGAAUAUGUCCAAGGGGAUCAGCUUUGGGUAUCGUCUCUAAGUAGCUGUAAUUGUCCUCUGUGUGGUAUAUGACAAGACAAGGGAUGACUAAAUAUUAGAGCCGGAUGCAUGAUUUGUUCCAACUUUGAUGCAUAGUAGCACUUUCAGCCAAUCAAUCAAAGUGUCAGCCUAAUUCCCAGUCGGUCUCCAAAUUGGGUAGUAUCUAUAAGUAUGUUGUAGGACUUCGUAAGACUUAUGCCAUGUCAUAUCAUCUACAUCUAUAUUUCCCUCUCCUACCUCAGAUCCAAGAAUACGUUUAUCCAAUACCCUCUCGUUGUACCUCUCAGAUCCAAUACGUUUCGUCAACACCCGCGACCCGAGCAGAUGUGAUAAAUUUGCAGAAGAAUCUCGAUAAAUCGUUGCAGAGUAGGCAGGCACGAGAAACAGGAAUCUGCCCUAUUCGAGAGGAGUUGUAUGCACAAACAUUCGACGAGCUAAUCCGGCAAUGCACAAUUAUCUGCGCGGAGAGGGGUAGUUAUCAUUAUCAAAAUACUUAGAUGGUGCUUACAUCAUCAAAUUCAAUUACCCAAUCAUGAAAGAGACUUGUUGGAAUAAAAUCCUGUUCAUCCUAUGAUAUCCAACCAAGGUCUCUUACUACUUCGAGUACGAGACGAGAUUAGGAUGACGAUAUGCGCAUAUCAGACGCUUUACGAAAGUAGCAUAGCAUUCGGCAUGCGAAAAGCGCUCAUGGCUGAGCAGAGGAGAAACUCUCAGAAUAAAAAGCUCAAAGCGCUCACUGGAAGCUGUGCUGAAUUGGAACAAGAUGUACUGGAUAUUAUAGACUUUAAUUUAGAAGACAAAGUUUUUUUGUCUUUUUUUAGGUAUGAACGGAAGAUCGAAAAACCCAAUAGUUGGUGGAUCUUCAACAGACUAUUCAGCUGGUCAAUGGUCACUACUCAUUUGUAACUCCACGUACAGGUUGUCGAUCUGAAGCAGCAAAUUUUGAAUAUCGAGGCUCGGGAGAAGAAUCGCCGAGAGCAGGAGGCGGCUAAGCAUGGAGAAGAAGUAGAUGCCCUUCGACGACAAAACGCGGCGUGGAAGGAGCAGCUGGAGAGCUUGCUUAGUGCACCAAGGAAGUAA